AUGGAUGAAAACAGCAAUCGGAAACUUCAAUCUGGGUGGUACUCUCCAACUCGCCUCCACAACAGUCCUGUGAAGUAUGAUUUUCCAGGAGAUAGAUUUAUACCGAAUAGGAGCCUGAUGGAUCUUGAUCAAGCCCACAGUUUGUUAACAACUCCGACUCAAAAACCCAGCAAACCCAAGUUUAAAGUUGAAUAUAGAAGAAAGCUAGAAAAUAAUCUGAAGUUGGAUGUUGAAGGAAGGCCAUUUCAAAUGCUGGUUUUUAGGGGUAGCCCAAAAUCGAGUAGAAAAUCAAACCGGCUAAUAGACGAGAUGCGACGGAGUGAUGAGGAGAUCUUGACUCAUAAGCCAUGUCGACAAUUCCCAAAGAGAGAAUCUUGUAUUUUGGAUGCACCUAAUAUCGUGAACGAUUUGUACCUGAACAUCAUGGACUGGGGGAAAGCCAACUUUCUUGCAAUUGCUUUGGGCUCAAAAUUAUACAUGUGGAAUGCUGAUAAUCGAAAAACUGAAUUAUUGUCAGAAGUGGGCAAUGGUGACGAUUAUCCUACUGGUGUAGCUUGGUCGGAAGAUGCCAAAACAGUAGCAGCUGGAUACCGGUGCUCGAAAAUAUAUCUUUGGGAUGCCGAGACUCUAAAGAUUGUUAGAUGCCUUACAGGGCAUCAGAAUAGGGUGGGUUCUGUUGCAUGGAAUGGCCAGAUUUUGACUUCUGUUUUCAUACAAGUUAUAAAUUCGAGCGCUUUAUACAGUGAUAAUGCUAUCAUCAAUCACGAUGUGAGAGCAAGGAACAGUUUGACGUGUUGUAUGGAAGUGCACACUAAUGAAGUUUGCGGUUUGAAAUGGUUGAACACAGGAAACAGACUAGCGAGUGGAGGUAAUGACAACCUCAUUUACAUAUGGGAUGCACGCAAGAUGGUUGCCAUGCAAUACAUGUAUCGCCUCAGUGAUCAUUGUGCUGCGGUGAAGGCCCUUGCCUGGUGUCCAUAUAACUAUGAUGUGCUUGCCUCUGGAGGAGGCACAGAUGAUGGUUCUCUAAAGAUAUGGAAUAUACAAAAGGAACAGAGUAGUAGGUUGCAAUGGAACAAGCAUCAUCAAGAGAUAUUAAGUGGUCACGACUUUGGCUAUGAGUGUCAAAACCAGUUGUGUUUGUGGAAGUACCCUUCAAUGUGUAAAAUUGGUGGGUCGAUGAAUCAUACAUCAAGAGUUCUCCAUUUAUCCCAGAGCCCGGAUGGACUAACCGUGGUGUUUGCUGGAGCGGAUGAGACUCUUCGCUUCUGGGAAGUAUUUGGCCCGUCCCGGGAUGCCAAUUCAAGGAUUUCACAUUUGGAUAGUUUGUUGUCUCUCAAGACAUCACCUAUAAGAUGA